CAAUAAUGGCGGCUAGAUGUGCGAUUCGCUCAACCUUCUGCUCUCCAAUUAGCAAAUCGUUCUUAAACAGAGGACAUAGAAGUGUCCAAAGCCGUCUUGUUAGUACUAUCAACUAUGGACCGGGGUUCUCUGGCACAAGUCGCCGAUUUGUUGCCGUUUUGGCAGCAGGUUGUGGAGUAACCCUGGCUGGGUUUGUAUCCUACCAGAUGAUUUCCAACAACGUGAAAGCAAGGCCCGUCAAAGAUCUUAAUUUACCUGCCGAGAAAGGGAUCUCUGAUAUCUCGAUAACUCUCUACCAGUAUCAGAACUGCCCUUUCUGCGGUAAAGUACGAGCGUUUCUGAACUAUUAUGGAAUCAAGUACAACACUGUCGAAGUGAGCCCCUUGUGGAAGUCAGAGCUCAGUUUCUCCAAGUACAAGAAAGUUCCUUUAGUUAUGGCGGAUGACACACAGAUCAAUGACUCAUCAGUCAUUAUCAGCGCCCUCCGGUCCCUUAUGGUGGGCCAAGAUUCCAUCAAACAGAUCUUAGUUUAUUACCCUGAAAUCACUACAAAAGGUGCAGAUGGCAAAGAACAGACAGAAUAUGCCAACAGAUAUUUUAUCAUGUACAAAGAACAGGCCAUUGACAAGAAAUCCAUGGAAUAUGAGAAGGAACAGAGGAAAUGGCGAAAAUGGGUGGACAAUUCAUUUGUUCAUACACUGUCACCAAACAUCUACCGCACAGCAUCAGAAGCUAUGCAGGCAUUUGAGUAUUUUACAAAGCAAAGUAAUGUCAGCACUUUUGAGAAAUAUUCAACCUACUUUGCUGGGCCAGUAGUGAUGUACUUUGUUGGAAAACAUGUGAAAAGAAAGCAUAAUAUCAAAGAUGAUGUGCGACAAGCCAUGUAUGAUGAGGCAGAGAAAUGGAUGAAGGCUGUUGGCAAAAGAAAGUUUAUGGGAGGAAGUUCUCCAAAUCUUGCCGACCUGGCGGUGUAUGGAGUACUGAGCGGUUUGGAAGGUCUUGAUACGUUUAAAGACCUGAUGACACACACCACAAUGAAGCCGUGGUAUAAUCGAGUCAAAGAAGCUGUGCAGACUCAUGCCGGAGCUUGCUAAACCUUAAAUUGUUGUGUACAUGUGUAAAUGUCGGCUUUUUUUAAUAAGCAGUUGAACUCCUCUCCCUCCUCUCCCUCCUCUCCCUCCCCUUUCCCCCUUCCCCAACGAACGAUUUUUUUUCAAUUUUUGCAACGAGCAUAACUAUCAUUGACGUGAAGGAGACCACUAGAUAUUUGCUUAGUAAGAUAAAAGAAUAUAAAAGGGGCUAUAAUAGAUCAGAAAAUCAAUAUUAACAGCUAAGGAUGAAAAAUAUUGAAAGGAAUUGUAAGUGACCAGUUUGAAAACAAUUUUAGGCUGGCGCUUAAGGUGCACAAUCCGCGACCUAACUUACAGUUGUCUGAUAUGAAUGUCUUAUUCCAACAGAAAGCUUCCGCAAAAUAUCAGCUAUUAAUUCUAAGAGUUUAGGUGGGGAUUGUUGGUGAAUGCUAAAAAAAUUAGGAGGAAAAAAAUCAGGGACACAAACUGACAGCAGCAUCAGACCUAUUACAACUGAGGAGGCUUUUAUUUAAGGGUAGAAUGGGAUAGGAGCUUGAAACUGUCUGUUAACAUGGAAGGAAGCACAAACAAACAGCUGGAAUUUUUUUUUCAAUUUAUUAUUACUUUAUGUGAUCUGUUUAUUGACAUUUCUGGCUUCAGCUGAAUAUGAUGAAACUGUAAUGGAACAAGUUGUAGCAUAGGCAGACUAUUUUUUACAACACCUGGCAGGA